AUGGCAUCACCUGAGGAUCUGAAAAUUCCCUGCUCUCGAAAUCACGGUCUACAGAUUGCCAUCUCAGUCUUCUCUCCUGAAGAUUGUCUCCGUCCACGGCCAGUGAUCGUCAUGGGUCAUGGCAUCGGCGCUAUCAAAGCAGCCGGCCUGGCCCCAUUCGCCCUGGCCUUCGCUGCCAAGGGAUACUAUGCAAUAACUUUCGACUAUUUGCACUUCGGAGAAAGCGAUGGACAGCCACGCAACCUCCUAUCAAUAUAG